CACUGCUACGUUUCUGUGGGCAGAUAGAGACACGGCUCUGCGUCUGAGUGGGAGAUGGACUGAGUGAGGGCGCUCUUUCGUCCAGUGCUGGCAAUAGCAUUGAAAUACCCACAAGCUAAGUUGAAAAAAUUGACGGUUUAAGGUCGCUGAAUCAACUCAAAAAAUAGACUACCGUCACCAAUCUUUUACAUCCCACUCCAUACACACUAACACGGCAUUGAUGGUAAUGUAUGCAAGGAAACAACCGAGACUCGGCGAUGGGUGCGACCGAAGAGAUUCUCAGCCCUAUCAGGCGCUCAAAUACUCCUCAAAGAGCCAUCCGGGAGGGGACCACCGGCAUGAAAAGAUGCGAGACUCCACUGAUGUCACUCCUCCCUGCAAGGUGCUCCGGAGGUCUGACAGCCCUGAAAACAAACAAGCCGACAGCACAGGCCACAGCAGGGCGAAGGCCGUCCAUACACACCGGGCCAGAGACAAGGACGGAGGGACGAGUUAUUCUCCACAAGAAAUCUCUCACAACCACAGUUCCCUUCAUAGCUCUAACUCACAUUCUAACCCCAGCAAGACCUCAGACACACCGUACGAACCUGGGGAAGACUGGUCGGAGCACAUCAGCUCAUCUGGAAAGAAAUACUAUUAUAACUGCAGGACAGAGGUGUCCCAGUGGGAGAAGCCCAAAGAGUGGCUGGAGAGGGAGCAGCGGCAAAAAGAGGCGACAAAGACAGCGGUCGUCAACAGUUUUCCCAAAGACCGAGACUACAGAAGAGAAGCCAUGCAAGCAUCGGUGGGCUUCACCGGCGCUAAGUCCGCCCAGGUGGAGAAGCCCACAGUGACCGUCGCUUCCCAGUCGUCGUCAUCUGGCUCAGGGAGCCAGAACCUCUCAUCUGGGCUGCCGGGGUCGUCGUCCUCCUCCAUCAUGGUGCCCGUGUCCCCCAUCCUGCAGUCCCCGGCCCCUCCGCUCCUCCAGGACCCCACUCUGCUUCGACAGCUUCUCCCCGCGCUCCAGACCGCCCUACAGCUGAACAACGCCAGUGUGGACAUGGCGAAAAUCAACGAAGUUCUCACCGCUGCUGUCACACAAGCGUCACUACAGUCAAUGCUCCAUAAGAUCCUCACCGCCGGACCGUCAGCUUUUAACAUCACAGCGAUCCUCUCUCAAGCUGCUCAGCUCUCCAACCAAGCAGCUCCGCAAUCAAACCAGUCGCCCAUGUCGUUAACGUCGGACGCCUCAUCGCCCCGGUCUUACGUUUCCCCAAGGAUCAGCACGCCACAGACCAACACCGGCCCCCUCAAACCUCUCCUCAGCACGCAGCCCGUCAUCUCGCAGACCAAAGUGUGCACGCAACCAGGAAAGCAGUCCUCUCAUCCUCAGCCCUCAUCCCAUCAGUCCUACUCCAGUGACAAGCAGCACAGUCAGGAUGCAACCACAGCCUCCCCACGCUCCCUCCAGCGCCAAGGAAGUCACAGGAGUCCCUCCCCGGGUCCUAACCACAUCUCCAGCAGCAGCAGUCACCCCCCCAACUCCUCCUCCUCCUCCGCUCCCCCUUCUGCAUCGGCGGCACGGCCCUCCUGCACUUUCAACCCCACCCUUGCGACCCACUUCGAUGAGAAUCUUAUCAAACACGUGCAGGGAUGGCCCGCAGAACACGCGGAGAAGCAGGCAUCACGACUACGUGAGGAGGCUCACACUAUGGGGAGCAUCUGUAUGUCUGAGAACUGCACAGAGCUCAAAAACCUACGUUCUUUGGUCCGAGUCUGUGAAAUCCAGGCGACAUUGCGUGAGCAGAGGAUAUUGUUUCUAAGGCAGCAAAUCAAAGAACUUGAAAAAUUGAAGAAUCAAAACUCUUUCAUGGUGUGAGGGUUUGUGGGGCGGGCAGUUCAAAAGGGCGGGUGGGGGGGUCAUAGACCCAUUGCACAUAGGUGGAGGCUGGCGAGGGAGCAGAUUGUUGGGUUCCUCUCUCGUAACACACGUAGGAACUGCAGUCGGUCGGCUUUGGACUGUCGAGCCAGGAGACCGCCACCGCUUUACGAGACUCUGUAAAAAAAGGUAUUAAAAAAAAAAACACAGUGGUGGAUUGAGAAAAAAAUGUAGAUUUCUUGUAGAUGUUAUUAUCUAUGUUGUACAUACAUUUUAUAGAUUGAAGCCAUGGAAAGCCAUGGCUAUCAGAGCUUUUGAAAUCCAAACUAAUCGGCAGCUACAACCAUUAGCUAGCCUCUUCUUCACGUUAGCUCGUAUGCACUCUUUACAGCUUAAUUUUCUUCGUCAAUUCAUGGAUCACUGAACCAUUGAGCAUGCACGAUCUGCACGUCAGUGGAGGAGGAUGUUCCAAAGCCGCCCGCCCUCCUAUCUGCAGGUCUAUCAUGACUUUUGCCAACGCUUCCGGUGGCCCUGCAUGUCCAAGUUUGAAGGAUUUUCUUUUUAAAUAGUGCCUGGUGGAGUGAGUUAUUUAAAAAACAAGAACAAUAAAACCUUGAUGUGAUGGCGUGCUGCUAUGGACCUCCCCUCCUCCUCUGCUGGCCUCCGCCCUAACCCGCCACACCUUCUGAGGCAUCAACGCUUGACACUUUUCUUUGCGGUCCAAUCACUUUUGGUUCCUCUUCCACUCCCUCUGACAUUACUUUUCAAGAUGGAGGAUAAUCCAACCCUGCUUCAUUCCUUUUGUACAGUCGCUAACACAGUGGAGUUUUUAUUUAUAAAGAGUUGUAUAAGCGAGUGGUAACCCACCAUCAUUGGCAGUUCGAGAGUGAUGCUAUGGGUUUAGAAGUGUGUGUGGGGUUGGAUAGGGGUCUCCAAGAGUCAGAGUGCAACAAUGGGUCACAUGUGAAAUUUACUUAUUGUAAUAAAGAUGUUCAACUAAAGCAAGCACUGGUUUUUUUUUGUGGGGGGGGGGGGGGGGAGAAGAGAGAAGUGUCUAGAUUUGGUUCAUACGCUAGUGCCUUGUUGAAAGUCUUAACUCUCACCGCCGCCCCCCCACCCAGACACACACUUUGUUUCGUCCCAGUGAGCAUGUUGUGCACGGAGGGCAUUUCACCCUCUCACUUGUUUUGUUCCUAACUGUUGAAAAGCCGGGUUGUAAGCUGCAAAAAACUUUGUUUUGUGUUCUCCACCGUACUCUUAUCGAGUCUAUAACUGAACCGCACGACACAUUCAGUGAAGAUGACCACAUCAUUGCUUUGUAUAUUGUUUCCUGAAGUAUAUUGACAAAUGAAAAUAAAAUAUGCCUCUCCAGGGC